GACUUCAAAGAAUAUUCUUAUUUAAAAUAGAUUUCAGAAUAUAAAACAUAUUAACGCUUGUAGGUUUUGAUAAUCACGUUAUUCACUAAUGUAAGACAGUUUCUAGCGGUCGAGCUAUAUGUUUGACCUUGUCAAGGUGACCGAUAUCGCGGCAAAAUAAUUUAGUCUUGGUUCGGUAGCUGACCGAGAUUGUAUUGUUAGAGGAUAAUUUAAAUUUAAAAAGUGAAAAUGAGCGUGCAAACAGAUUCAGAAAAACGGAAGCAAAUUUCCGUCCGUGGUAUUGUUGCUGUAGAAAAUGUAACCGAGGUGAAAAAGGCAUUUAAUCGGCACGUUCAUUAUACAUUGGUGAAGGACAGAAAUGUUGCUACCCCAAGAGACUAUUAUUUUGCCCUGGCGCACACCGUCCGGGAUCAUCUUGUUUCUCGCUGGAUUAGAACGCAGCAAUAUUACUAUGAGAAAGAUCCUAAGCGUGUUUACUAUCUAUCCCUGGAGUACUACAUGGGAAGGUCUCUCCAGAACACCAUGAUCAAUCUAGGUAUCCAAGGUACGGUAGAUGAAGCGCUGUACCAACUUGGCUUGGACAUUGAAGAACUCGAAGAGCUUGAAGAGGAUGCAGGGCUCGGUAAUGGAGGUUUGGGACGACUCGCUGCCUGCUUCCUUGAUUCAAUGGCCACUUUGGGUCUUGCAGCGUAUGGUUACGGUAUUAGGUAUGAAUACGGUAUAUUCGCUCAGAAGAUAGAGAACGGGGAACAGCAGGAGGAGCCUGAUGAUUGGCUCCGUUAUGGAAAUCCAUGGGAGAAAGCUCGCCCCGAGUUCAUGCUACCGGUCAACUUCUAUGGCCGUGUGGUCGAUACACCUCAAGGGAAGAAAUGGAUAGACACACAGGUGGUGUUCGCUAUGCCAUACGAUAACCCGAUCCCCGGAUACAAUAACAAUGUUGUAAACACGCUGCGUCUGUGGUCUGCUAAAAGCCCUAUUGAUUUCAAUCUAAGAUUUUUCAAUUCAGGAGAUUACAUCCAAGCGGUGCUAGACCGUAAUGUUGCUGAGAACAUUUCAAGGGUGCUCUACCCUAACGAUAACUUCUUUGAGGGUAAAGAAUUGAGACUUCGUCAGGAAUACUUCAUGUGCGCGGCCACGCUUCAAGACAUACUCAGGAGAUACAAAGCAUCUAAAUUCGGAUCUCGUGAGGCUGUGAGGACGACCUUUGAAAGUCUUCCCGACAAAGUUGCGAUACAGUUGAACGAUACCCAUCCCGCUCUGGCCAUUCCUGAACUUCUUCGCAUCUUGAUCGAUGUUGAAAAGGUUCCGUAUGAAGAAGCCUGGGAGCUUGUGGUCAAAUGCUGCGCUUACACCAACCAUACCGUACUGCCUGAAGCCUUGGAGAGGUGGCCGUGUUCUAUGCUGGAGAAUGUCCUUCCAAGGCACAUGCAAUUGAUAUAUCACAUUAACUUCAUGCAUCUCAAGGAGGUCGAGAAACGUUGGCCGGGUGACAUGGACCGUCUUCGACGCAUGUCCCUCAUCGAGGAGGAAGGAGAGAAACGUGUAAACAUGGCUAACCUUUGCGUAGUCGGUUCUCACGCUGUGAAUGGCGUGGCGGCUAUACACUCUGAUAUCCUCAAGGCAACCAUCUUCCGUGACUUCUAUGAGAUGUGGCCCGAGAAAUUCCAGAACAAGACCAAUGGAAUAACCCCUCGCCGUUGGCUCCUGCUAUGCAACCCUGGUCUGUCGGAUCUCAUUUGCGACAAAAUUGGUGAAGAAUGGACCGUACAUUUAGACAAACUCCAAGCUUUGAAGCGCUGGGCGAAAGAUCCGGCCUUCCAGCGGGCUGUAAUGAAAGUUAAACAAGAAAACAAAUUGAAGCUGGCCUCUCUCAUCGAGAGGGAUACGGGUGUGAAGAUUAACGCUGCGUCCAUGUUCGACGUUCAAGUUAAGCGUAUCCAUGAAUACAAACGUCAGCUCUUGAACAUUCUCCAUGUGAUCACCCUGUAUAACCGUAUAAAGCGUGAUCCUACAGCAGCGAUAACCCCAAGGACUGUGAUGAUCGGUGGCAAAGCUGCCCCUGGUUACUACAUCGCCAAACAAAUCAUCGCUCUGGCUUGCGCUGUUGGCAACACUGUGAACAACGAUCCAGAUGUAGGCGAUAAGUUGAAGCUGAUCUUCUUGGAGAACUAUCGUGUGACGUUGGCUGAGCGGAUCAUGCCGGCGGCGGAUCUCAGCGAGCAGAUCUCGACCGCGGGGACCGAGGCGUCCGGUACUGGGAAUAUGAAGUUCAUGUUGAACGGUGCGUUGACCAUUGGCACCAUGGACGGAGCUAACGUGGAAAUGGCGGAAGAAGCCGGAGAAAACAACAUGUUCAUAUUCGGAAUGAGAGUAGCCGAUGUUGAGGCUCUACAGAGACGAGGUUACAACGCCUACGAAUACUACGAGCGCAACCCCGAAUUGCGUCAAUGCGUCGAGCAGAUCCGCAGUGGAUUCUUUUCACCGGACGAGCCGGGAAAGUUCGCUCACGUGGCCGAUGUGCUUCUGAACCACGACCGUUUCCUACACUUUGCCGAUUAUGACGCUUACAUCGCAGCACAGGACAAAGUCGCUCGCGUUUACCAGGAUCCAGCCAAGUGGGCUGAGAUGGUGAUAGAAAACAUCGCUUCCUCUGGAAAAUUCUCAUCUGAUAGAACAAUUGCUGAGUACGCUCGCCAGAUAUGGGGAGUGGAGCCCUCGUGGGAGAAGCUGCCCGCACCGCAUAUGACUUAGACGAGUCUAGACCAGACCAGACUGACUGGACCAGUCUAGUCCAGAUAGAACCAGGAUGGAGAUGAAACCCUUGGAAUAUAUUUAAACUUAUAUAUAUUGGUAUUAGAACAAGAAAAUAAUCCAUGUAUGAUAUGUAUGUCUCGGCUUAUCAUUGAUUUUGUUUGUGAAUACUCACAUUUAUCAAACUAACAAAUAAACAUAGUUUAAAUUAAUUAUAUAUAUUUAAAUUUAUUUGUGUCCGAUUCAAAUUUUGUAUUAAGAUCAAUUAACACAAGCAUGUUGCCCGCUAAACGUGUUGUGAUAGAUUUCUUGCCAGAUUAUAACCAAGAAUAUUACAAACAUUUAUAAUAAUUUAAUAUUGGUGCUGAAUUUUUUUAUCCAAGUACAAAACAAGAUUAUUUUUGAAGACAUUGUUAUAUAUAGAUAUAUAUUUAUUAGAGUAUUCUAACGUGUCAUGUAUCUAGCAGUCUUACUAUUACUAACUUUCACUACAUUAUAGUCGUUUAAAUCUUUCUCAAAAUCAAUAUGACUUUCCUUUAAUCUAUUAACAUAAAAUUGUUAAAAUAGUAUGCUUUCUAGAAAAUAGUCAUGUCAAUGUUGGUAGCUUAUACUAUUUAAAAUGGUUAGAAAUCAUAUUUUUUUGUAUUAGAUGAAGAAUUAGUAAACUAAUGUGAAUGUAAGUGUUAAAAGUAUCGUUUGAUUAUAAUUAAAACUAUAAAAUUCUUUUUAUACAAUAUGUAAAAACGUGCCAUAUUAUUGUACCUCAUACUAUUUUAUAAAGACAUAUAUAUUUUUUGUGUAAAUUUUUAUUAAAAAAAAUCAUAGCUUGAAGCGACACGCACACGACGAACGCAGUCCGAGAUUUGACCUCCGAAUCCAACUAACUCAAUAACAAGCAAUAAUUAACUCUAGAAUGGAUUUUUGACCUAUAUAAUAUAUGUAUUAUAAACCAAGAUGUAUUUUGAUGACUAUAUAUUUUUAUACAGUAGCCACUGCCGUAACAAAUUAUAUUGAAAUGUUCUAUUUAUUAUUGUAUAGUUUAUUAAAAUUUUAAUAAUGUUCUUUCUCUUUAUUCUAUACGUUAUAUAACCAAAUAUUAUUCAAUAAAAUCUUUAUUAUCUCUAAAUAA